CUUUAUUCCCAGCAGCUUCUUUGUUUGUGUGUACGCAGUGCAAUGACGACUACACAUAAAAUAGAAGCUUUGAUGUUCGCGGUAUCGCUCAAUAUAUGAUGGAAGGGGCCCCUCGUAGAUUUCUAGGCUCUUGUAGUCAGAUAUACCUUUUUUCAUUUGAUCGAGAUCAUGGUCAGGCUCAGACUCAGUCUUGCUCUUGGGCACAACGGAAGCAUCACCUCUUGGUCAGGCGGCAUAGUUGUAUUGCGGCCUGCUUCCGCGGCCACGCCUUCUAUGCUUAUCAGGUAGGCUGUGCUGCACGGACACCAGUGCCAGGGCCACUGGAGCUUUCCUUCAUUGUACGCAUACUUAGAAGUCUCUUUUAUCAUCUUUCAAGCGAGGCGCACCACGCUUUCUUCUGAAGUUUAAUAAAUUAAAAAUUCGGUAUAAAUUAUUUUCACCUGGACAAGAUCUUCUAUGUCUGAAAUCCUCAUCACAUACGAAAGCAAAUAACUGAGAAAAGCAACACUUUCCACUGCUUCCUCGGAAGUCCUUCGAUGAGUGGACAAGGAGCUCCUCAGGGCGGCCACGGCGCCGGAUCUUGGCCGUCUGGUGCGCUUGCAGAUGAAAAAUCGGACGAGGAUACAUUCACCUCAUCCACUUGCCAGUCCGAUACGAACAAUGCUGAUGAUUUAUUUUCCGCCACGUUCAAUAUUCCUGCCGCUCCCGCCAUGCCUUCGGAAACUGCAACAGCCGACGAACACCAGCAGAACGAGGGCAAAAAUCCUCCCUCUGGCCUUGGCGUAGUUGUGGGCAGUGAUGCUGCAUUAGAUGGCGCUAUGAAUUUUAGUGUCGAGGAUGAGACGGGAGAUAGCAUUGACUUUGCAGCCUUUCCCACGGCAGAACAAGUCGAGGACUUCGCCACUUUUGACGCGCAGGAGGAGGACGCUUUGUUUCCCACCUUGGACGUCGCGGGAGCGGCUCCUGGCAGCGACCCUUUUGAUGCAGAGCCGAACUUCGAUUUUGGAUUCAAGACCGACGCACCACCUCCACCUGGCAGAUUCGGUCACGGUGGUAUUGGUACCGCCUCGUCCUCCAGGGAGGCGGGGACUUUGCAGGAAGAUGAUUCCUCUUUUUUCCCAAAAGUGCUGGACCAGGACCCUUUUGCGUGCCUUGACGGAAUGGAUGAACACGACCAGGAUGAUUUUUUCGCACCGUAUCAAAACAUCUUCAGGUGGUGGGAAUUUCAUUUUGAUGUGAACGAAAGAGAUGUUCCUAGUAAAAAUCUGGCAUGCAGGCUCUCUUCACCGAUCGGUAACGAUCACACUUACACACGACCCUGGUUGGACGUACCUCUUUUCGCCCUACCCUUGUCAAAUCGGAUAUAUGUUUAUUUGAGCAGCAAAUGGCGAUCUUUGCCGUUCGAUUCGAAGCAAAUUAUUAACUUGCUCGAGCAGUUUUUUUGCAGAUCAUGCGAGGAGAAACAAAAGCGCCAGCUGGUGCUUUUCGCUGUACUUAUCGGCGGAACAGGUUUGUUCGUGGCGCAACGACGCAGCUUCUCAUCUUCAAGAGGCUCAAAGGGUCGGAAGUAGAAAUACGAUUUUGAUACAUACAAAUUGAAGCGAAAAGAACGCAUCGUCGAAAGACUGUUCAUCAGGAUACAGAAAAUUCCGCCUGAGUAUUAACGUUCCAUAUGCCAGGGACCGCCGACUUGUUUCGCUUUGACCUGGAGGACGAGAUCCGAUUUCCCGGGUUGCGGACAUCGAAGUCUCCGUCGGGGUAUCCUGUGCAAAAGUAUCGUACUCGUACUAAUUGUAAUCUUGCAUGACAAACCUACCUUUUUACCUGAAUUAGCAAUACAAAUUUCAUUUUUCUUUCUGAAAGAAUUUGUAAUGCAAUUUGUACUAGUACGAUACUUUUGCAAUGCAUACGGGGGGAGUCGGCGGCGGAGUCGCAACGUCCGAACGAGGGGGUAUGCUUCAGCGCCAGCAGCAGAAUGGCAGUAUGCAAGAAUACUUCGGGGGCUUCGCGCCCUCGGAGGCGAGCCGGGCCUACCUGCAACAGAGCAACGACAGAAACACCUUUUCGCGAAAGCUGCUCCAGUCCGCCGGGCAGUCCGCUGGGGACCACCAUCCUAGUUUCGACCCGACCGCACCCACAAGCUCUUCCCCCUCGUCGUCGACCUCUAUGCAAGGGAGGAGUUGCAAACAGCAGCACGAGCUGAAGUUUGAGUCCUCCCUCGAUGCCGACCUGUUUGACGUUGACAUCAUUUCGGAUUCCGUAACCCUGUCCUUCGAGACGUCCGGCUCGAAAUCGAAUACGCCCACGACCGAGCAGGGGCCGGCCAUCAACGACCCGGGUUAUCCACGCCGAAUUUGCAAAACGUGUCUGGGUAGUGUGGCAGUGCUUUCACUGAUAACAGGUGAACCAUUGAAGUCGCAGCUAAAAAGUAGAACGUCAACGUCUGUUUAUUUAUACAAGACAAAGGGACAUUAAGAAGCUGCUCAUCUUCUUUCUAUUGUAUUCACGCAUGAAUCGCAGCAGGAGUCGUGCCAUGGUUUAAUUUGUUCAAACGCCGAGCUUCUCGUGCCAGAGGGGCAUGAUUCCGACGGAGUGAGGUGCGCUCGCGAAACCCGUAAAGAUGCAUGCUCCAUGAUCAUGAUUCACGACGCUCAAGCUCAGGCACACACUUCACAGCAACCAGGCAUUCAAAAAGCGGUGUGUGGAACUUGCUGACUCUUGUUCAGAACAUAACGUUUUUUGCAUUCGAUGCAGUUGACGAAAAAACCAAAAGCGUAAUAUCAUCCGAGAUUCCAGUCGAGGAGGGCCACGACUUGUUGGAGGUAACCCCUUAUGAACUGCAAAACUAUCGUACUAGUAGUAAUUGCAAUACAAAUUAGCUCAGCACGACAAAUGGAAUUUGUCAUGCUGUUUUGCCUUGGGAUGGAGAUUUGUAAUGCAUGAUUGCGAUUACUACGAGUGCGAUACUUUUGCACAGGAUACCCCUUUCUCGUUUGUUCACCAGACGACGAGUCCUUCGGGAAGUAGAUCCCCUGCGAGCCCCAAUGCAAGCCAAGCUGCGGGCGAGGGCGAGCAAAAAAGCUCUUCCGCGUCACCCCUUGCAGUAAAGCAGGAAUCGGUAGAUCAGGACGGAAGCAUCGCUGCGAAGAAAACCACCGAAGUGGUGACACCGCUGCAAACGGCGUCAAUACAGAAAUUCACCGCGCAACAAGACGUAGAAGCUGCCUCUACUGCUGGAACGGGAGCCACCAGAUCUACCGCGACCACCAGUGGGCCAGAAACAGAGGUAGCGGACCAUGUGACGAGCGCAGGAAGCAGCGAAAGGCAUUCGAGCAACGAAAAAAAAUCAGUUGCCUCACCGUCCGGCGCAGGGAGUACACAAAGUCCAAGCGGCGGAGGCCUGGAUGGCAGCGCGUUUUCCAUUUUCACGGUGGUACGCACUGCAAAAGUGAAAAGCAUCGCUCACGCACACACAAAAUGCAUUGCUUGUGUACGAAAGAAUUUGAAUCAUCGGGCGCUUUGCUGUGUUUUUCAAAGAGGAAAUUUUGUCUGCUGAUGCUGUUGCUGGACGCGAGGUUUCUAUGGCGUCGUCAAACUUGUAUUUGCCUCAAGCUGUAAAAAAUUUUCCGCGCGCCUUUUUUUGUAUUUGAUAUCCAUCAUGUUGCACACGUAUAGCCCCCCACUAUGUUGCACACCUAAUGAAAUCGCUAGCCUAUUCGCAGCGCUUCUCAGUGGCUAAAGACGGAGCUAUCCGGCGCUGCUGCUCCACGGACUUGCCUCGGAGCGCCCCUGCAGCCAGGAGGUGCUGCAGCAGGUCCUCUUGCAGUCCAGCCGCUAGACAAUGGGCCUCAAUCUGUGCAAGUCGGUCGGAGUCGAGGGCGCAAACGGAAUCGGCCGCGGCUGCGCCUCCCCUUGUUUCUAAUGUCGCGCAGCUGUGCACGCGUGUACCGGCAGGCGCGCGCGCAUUUUGCCUUUGCGGCUUUUUCGGCAAAAUGCGAAAAGCCCGAGAGCCUUUCGGGAAGGGUUCCCAGAGGGGUUCCGGGACCCCUUUUGGGGAGGGGUAGCACCAUCGUGAUUCGAAGAAAAAGCAAUAGGCUUUUUUUUAGGGUUCCGGGCACCCCUCCGGCUCCCCCUUUUUGGAAGGGCUCCGGAAAGGCCUUCGCGGCCAACAUGUGUGCGUGGUGCCUGCUAGAGACGACGAGGCCAGGGCCUGUGUAGACAUCUCGCGGGGCGUUUCCAGCCUCACACGCUGACCCAGGCCAUAGCGGCAAAUAGCUGCACGGAGAGAGCAAUCCGGAAAAAUGAGAAAAAUAUUGCGCGCGCCCGGCGUUUUCUAGGUGGAAACAUCAGCCACAGAAGAACCCCCAGCGCCCCGCCCCCCUUCGCGUCAAUACUCACUUACCUACUGGAGCAGUGUUGCUGACAAGCUAGGUAAAACAAACCGCGUUCAAGUCAGCCCCUCACUAGCGUGCACAGGUUUACUAGCUUUGCGCCGCGAAAAAAUGCGCGAAGAAUUUUUUUUACGGUCUGAGGCAAAUACAACGUUGACGACCCCAUAGUUUCUUGCUGGUGUAAACUGGUGUAGUAUAAUAGAGCGGGCAGAUCAUGCAGAUGUUGCAUUAGAAGUACGCUCGACCCCAAAAUAGAAAUACGCUCGAGACCUUCCUAGUAUCAUUCACAUUCUGACAUAUUACUUACAGCUAUUGUAGGUAGUUUAGGUGAUCGCAAAGACGGUGCAAGAUCUUUUCCAGAGGAUCGGUGGACAGCCUGGACUAUUUUAGCGGUCCUGAACUGUGCGACAAGCUGCAUGAUUACGACGAGGAGAAGUGGGUAUUUCGCCAGAUUCAGUUCGAGGUCGUAGCGUCACCAUCAAACAAAAGCGGAAGCAUGAUGGGUCUAAGAUUCGGAUUCGGAAAAAACAAGCGCGAGCAGGUGGAUUUUAUCCUGCAGAAAAUACGAGGACCAUACAUUUACUUUGUCUGCACGCGAAAAUGGCAAGCCCAAUCGCAAAUAGAAAUUCCCGAAAUCGGACCUGACAAGUAUGGAAUGUCGUUGAGGCUCAGUGAUUUGCGCACAGGCCACGUGUUUUGGUACUUCUCGCUGUGGACUAGGACUUGCAUCUUGUCUUCGGGACAGUGAUAAAUUAUCAUGAAAUGGAGAAACAGAUGAAACAAGCUAGAUUCCACGGAGUCAUGUUUUCUGCGUGAUGCUCUUCGGAGUGGACACAGAGUCGUGGACUUUGUGCACAUCGGCUCUCGUGGGGGGAUCCUCUGACAGGACAGCAAGCAGCUCGUCCAGCGACCCCACGAGCGAAAGGGAAGAAGCGGCGCUGAAUUCGGAUGUUGUGUCACCUGCGAAUUAUAACGUGCAAGCCGUAGUAUCGGGAUCAGAGAGAAAUACCUCGUCGCCGGGGACCACCACGAAGGUCAUUGCGCAUUCCAAGGAGAAGGAAAGCAGCAUCGAGGCGGAGCUGCGGCCCUUGCGAAAAGGAGACGUAGUGAUGCUGCUGCACGGCUGUCCACUGUGGGUCGAGCAAGAUCUUCCGAGUGUACAUUCGACGAUGAAAGUAAAUAACUCAGACACGGUUUCGGGUCCUGGUUCUCCUGAUGCCACGACGCGAGGUGCCAAGAGAGGAACUACGCAGAACCGCUGUGCCGACGAAAUACUUCUCCUGCUCAAUGGCGCAGUCGUACGUUGGUGGGUCCUGCAGGAAAAUUAUGCUCCGUACAAUCCUGUUCCUGACGCUUACCCUUACGCUAGUUCUAGUGCUAGGAUAAUAUAAAACGCAUGGCUUGUUGUACACAUUCAUACAGCGCGACGAAGGCCAAGCGGAGGCGCACGAGAAAAAUAAAAACGAGUUGCAGUGCCUGGUUCCCUACUUGAACGAAAAAGCGAAUACAAGUCUGUAUGAGGAGACGGUGCUCCAAAGUUGAUCCUUGUACUAGUGAGGCAAAAGUAACAGGUGAAGCAGCGGUCUUCUCCGUGUUGAUACGUGUGACAUGAAGGUGGACAAAGACAAUUCUGCAGAGAGUAUCACAAUCACCAAGCCGGAGGUCAGAGAUGAAGGAGAUCGAGAUGACCUCGGCAACCGUACUGGCAAUGAUCACGCACGACAGCUGGAAGAAAUGACCGAGCAAUCAGCUCCUUCGCCGCUUUAUGGGGUACGGAGAUUUACUUUUUUACAUUUGUUUAGAAAUGAUCCAGCGAUGCGCGGCUAGAUUUCAUCUGGGAACGUACCUUUGUACCUGUUUUUCGAUGGUUCGAGAUAGGAAGACCACGAAAUCACCAGUAUUUGAUGACGCUGGUGAUGUUGAUGCAAUAUGAUAGAUAUCAAGAUGCGUAUACUCAGCAUUUUGACAGAAGAUAUCGAUAGGGAGGUAUGAAACUUUUUACAACAGUUUAUCUCUCUGCUUUCUGGGUGUGCCGCUGUGAAGACGUUGAGCCCGUGUUCAAUGCUGACACUGCGCAAUGUGAUACGAAAGAAAAGCAAUCAUAGCUGGAUUCUGCGAAAGUCGAACUGGAACCUAUUUCUAUUUGUCUUGCUUCAUUGACGAAUACUCUUGUCAUGAUGGCGUCCUCGAUUCCUGUUGCGGAAAGCGGCAGCAAUGCCGAUGCAUGAGCAUGACAGACAGAUUUUGCUGCAUCCUGGUCGUCGGGGACAGGCUGUGAGGUAUCUAUUUUUGGUGGAUUUACUCCCAGCAUUCCAACAGUAGAGGAACUUCACCGAUUGAUUUCAUCGGCUCUCUUUUUGUUUGUAAUAGUUCGUUCCUAUGAUCGCUCCCCUGAACCUGAUGUUUCUUUGUGAUGCAAGAAAGAAGCUCUUGCUCUUACACUCCCAUGUGCGGCACAGUCAAAGUCUUUAGUGUUUGUAUACCGUUCCAGAGGAGGACGACAGUCUCCCAGGCGUGACACUCUCAUAUCUGGAUGCAGAUGGCGUAGACGAGGACGGCGAGGAUGAGCAGAUGUACGGCGAGUCUCCCUUGGCAAUGUCUGCGGCUUUUCCGCGGGACAACCUGGAGCAUUUUGGGCUCGGUUCAAGUGAUGACGGUAUGCGCUGCAAAAGUAACGGAGACGCAACUGUAUGAUCUUUGUCUUUGCAUCCUCAACUGUAUUUGGCAGUAGAAUGUUGAUGCUCUUGUGAUGCUAGUAGAUGAUGAAAGGAUGUGGAAGCGAAGGGGAAGCGAAAGCAUGCUUGUCAUGCAAUGAAAUGAUUGCGAACAGCAACAGAGCAAGAUAGAAGCAAUGUGCGUACGUUGAUGCUUUUGCUUUUGCGCAGGAUAAACGUGAACCCUGAUACGAACCUUUUUGGAGACUUGGAGAUGCAGCACCUCCCAGACGGGGACGCGGUGAACAAGACCGCACUGCUUCCUGGAGGGCGGAUCGGAGGCAUGAGUUCGAGUACCCGUGGCAACAAGAAAAACUCGCGUCGGGCCUCGACCGGGGCGCACAGCGAGGGCACGAAUGGGUCCAACCAGACUGUGCGGUCCCCGAAGAGAGUUUUCUACGAGCGGAGCAACCUGGGGACGGUGCACUUCGGGGACCGCACUGCGAUCAUUGGACCUGAUGGGCACAGUCUGAUGGAGGUGGGAACGCAUUUCUGGUACGAAGGGGUAGUCGAUUUUGUGCGCAACCCCAAGUCCGCACCUCCCGGAUCAGGCACAGGGCCAGAGAUCAUGAUCUCGCCGACCUCGACCGCGACCUCUAGUACCACUCCGUCAGCCCAUGCUGAUGCUCUUGACGAGCAGUCUUUAGGAGUAAGUGCACCGAGUAGAUAAGACAAACUUUUUUAACUUAUUAAGAUUCAAUAUGUAAAAAAUCGGAAUCGCUUCUAACGCUGCAUUUGAUGGUAUCCUGAGGCUACCUCCACCUGAAUUGCAAGCCUAGGCACAGUGCAAUCGUGCUGCAUCAAGCUACCGUUAUCUGCUGCAGCAAAAAACAAGUAGGA